CUUCGAACUCCAAUUUGACAAUUAAAGUCACUCAUUUUGUAAUUGUAAUUUUCGUAUUUACAUUUUUAUUUUUAUUAAUCUUAUUUUCUGUUGACUUAACAAAUAUAAGUACCAAUUUGAAGCAAUGAUGAAAUUCAGCUCAUUGCUAAUUACAACACUAAUGCUCGGACUAUUUAUGCUUUCAUCUGGCUUGGUUUGCUUGCUCCGAGGUUUGGAAUUGUACCAAAAGGAGGAGGCGCAUAAUGCAAUACUGCGGUUUGUGUUCGGCUGUGUGUUCCUUGUGUUCGGACCUGUUGUUAUAGCCUCGUUGCCCAGCUGUGGAGCAAAGUCUGCGGCGCUCAAGGUCUUCGUGCAAACGUGACAAGAGGUCCAGGAAGAGACCAGGGCCUCGCUUGAGUCAGCGAUCACAGAACGCCCCCCCUCCAAGAUUGAGAAGGCGUCGAGUUUAGUGUUGAACAUACAUACCAUGUAUUAUUGGGAUUGGUGAACUUUUUGCCAAGGAGUAGCUUUUCUUUGGCAAAAUGUACCACUGAUGAUGAAUAAAUUAUUGCUAUUUAUUA